GUCUGACAAGAUGUACCAGGUCCCAAUGCCGCUGGACCGGGAUGGGACCCUGGUCCGGCUCCGCUUCACCUUGGUGGCCCUGGUCACAGUCUGCUGUCCACUUGUCGCCUUCCUCUUCUGCAUCCUCUGGUCCCUGCUCUUCCACUUCAAGGAGACUACGGCCACACACUGUGGGUCUACUCUUUGUAGGAUGUUCUCUGCGGCCUCCCAGCCCUUGGACCCUGAUGGGACCGUGUUCCGGCUCCGCUUCACGGCCAUGGUCUUAUGGGUCAUCACUUUCCCCGUGUUCGGCUUCUUCUUCUGCAUCAUCUGGUCCCUGGUGUUCCACUUUGAGUACACGGUGGCCACUGACUGUGGGGUGCCCAAUUACCUGCCGUCGGUGAGCUCGGCCAUCGGUGGGGAGGUGCCCCAGCGCUAUGUGUGGCGCUUCUGCAUCGGCCUGCACUCGGCGCCCCGCUUCUUGGUGGCCUUCGCCUACUGGAACCACUACCUCAGCUGUACCUCCCCGUGUCCCAGCUACCGCCCGCUUUGCUGCCUCAACUUCGGCCUCAACGUCGUGGAGAACCUCGCGCUGCUAGUGCUCACCUACGUCUCCUCUUCUGAGGACUUCACCAUCCACGAAAAUGCUUUCAUUGUGUUCAUCGCCACAUCCCUCAGUCACAUGCUCCUCACCUGCAUUCUCUGGCGGCUGACCAAGAAGCACACAGUAAGUCAGGAGGAUCGAAAGUCCUACAACUGGAAACAGCGGCUCUUCAUCAUCAACUUUAUCUCCUUCUUCACGGCGCUGGCUGUCUACUUUCGGCACAACAUGUAUUGUGAGGCUGGAGUGUACACCAUCUUCGCCAUCCUCGAGUACACCGUUGUCCUAACCAACAUGGCGUUCCACAUGACGGCCUGGUGGGACUUCGGGAACAAGGAGCUGCUCAUUACCUCCCAGCCUGAGGAAAAGCGAUUCUAAACCCUUUUCUCCUGCUGAGGAGGAGGAGGAAGACCACUGCCCAGAAACUAGAAACAAGAUACCACUCUGGCCUUCCACCCUAUGUCCUCUCUGGGCCCAACUGAAGCUGGGGGAAUGGGGAGGGAGGGAGGAAGGGCACAAGACAAGGCUUACCCAGCCCUGCUGGCUUCUUUCUCCCACCCACUUGAAGGCCCAGGAGCCUUCAAGCAGCAUCACCCUUACCUGAGAGGCCCCAAGAAGCCGAGCUCCCAGGAGAGUUCCACCAUCUGGUGCUAAAAAAAAAGUCCUGAGGUUCAUAACCAUCAUCUGGUUCUUGGCCUUUACAUAGCUGCCUCUCAUUGAGGUCAGAGACCACUGAGCAGUGGCUACCCAAAAACCACAGCCAUUUCUCUCUAUGGGGUCACUCACUAGACUAAUGUGUCUAAUGAUCUACUGUGUACAUCCAGGUCUGUGGCCUAAGGUUGCUGAGGUGUUCAAGUCCUGACCUCACCUCUUUGGUGUGUGCCCUUCCCUAUCUAAGCUUCAGUGUAUCCAUGUAGGUGAUGGGGCUGUAUGAUUUCCAAGGGCUCUGCCUGUGUGUGGUUCUAACAUCACCUGGUAGAGGUGGUGUUCUGUACCUGAAGGAUGACCUGCUUCAGAAAAAGCACUAGCCCAGCACAUUAUUUCCCUUCCUCUCUGAAAUCUCUGGCUUACAAACUCUUCCUCCUUGGCAAAGGUGUGGGGUGGGGGGAUCAGAGGUAGAUUCCUACUCCUAAAUGGGCUCUCUGGUAUCUCCCCAUCCUCCCUACUGCCCCAGACCCUGAGCUCUCUUGGCUGUACAUUUUAUUUCAAAGGAGAAUAAAUUUUUUUUUUUUGCCAACA